AUGGAAAAUGGGACAUUGUCCUUGGAGGACAAAGUGGAACUCAUUUCAAGGAAUUUACAAGAAAUCCUUGGAGAAGAUCGAAUGCGGGAUGUACUGAAGGAAAGAAACUUAAAAGUUUACUGGGGCACAGCUACAACAGGAAAGCCCCAUAUUGCCUACUUUGUACCUAUGUCUAAGAUUGCUGAUUUCCUCAAGGCUGGAUGUGAGGUAACAAUACUAUUUGCUGACCUACAUGCUUACUUGGACAACAUGAAGGCCCCCUGGGAUUUACUACAACUUAGGACUAAAUAUUAUGAGGCUGCCAUCAAAGCAAUGCUGAAGUCCAUAGGAGUGCCAUUGGACAACCUCAAGUUUGUCAAGGGGACAGAGUAUCAGUUAAGCAAGGAAUAUACACUUGACGUUUACAAAUUGACCUCCCUGGUCACAGAGCAUGAUGCCAAGAAAGCUGGAGCUGAGGUGGUGAAGCAGGUAGAGCACCCUCUCCUCAGUGGCCUACUCUACCCAGGACUACAGGGCUUGGAUGAAGAGUAUUUGGGAGUAGAUGCACAGUUUGGAGGCGUAGACCAAAGAAAGAUUUUUACAUUUACUGAAAAGGUAUAA